AUGGAUUGUAGGAGAAGCAAACAUGUAACAAGGCAUUUGUGUUUGACUCUGUGUGUGUUAUCAUCAUGGUCAUUGGUUCAAGAAGCCUUAGGUGGUGGAAACAAUAAUAAGUGUUGGUUCCCUGCAAUAUACAACUUUGGGGACUCAAACUCAGACACUGGAGCCGUAUCUGCAGCAUUCACUAGUGUUCGACCUCCCAAUGGUGAAACCUUCUUUGGCACUCUCUCAGGAAGAGCCUCUGAUGGCCGUCUCAUCAUCGAUUUCAUAACUGAAGAAUUGAAGCUUCCAUACGUAAGUGCAUAUUUGAACUCGGUUGGGUCAAAUUAUAGGCAUGGGGCAAACUUUGCAACAGGAGGUUCUUCAAUUCUUCCGGGUGGUUAUAGUCCUUUCCAUCUUGGCCUUCAAGUUUCUCAGUUCAUACAGUUCAAGUCACAUACCAACAUUCUCUUCAAUCAGCUCUCUGACAACGGGACAGAUCCACCUUUGAAAAGUGGUCUUCCAAGGCCUGAGGAAUUCUCCAAGGCAAUAUACACCAUUGAUAUUGGACAAAAUGAUCUUGCCUUUGGAAUUCAACAUGGUUCAAUGGAACAAGUUAGAAGGUCUAUUCCUCAUAUCUUGAGCCAAUACUCCCAAUCAGCUCAACAACUAUACAAUGAAGGGGCAAGAGUGUUCUGGAUUCAUAACACAGGUCCAAUUGGAUGCUUACCAUACAGUUACAUUUACUAUGAGCCUAAGAAGGGUAACAUUGAUGCAAAUGGAUGUGUGAAACCUCACAAUGAGCUUGCUUUGGAAUUUAACAGGCAACUCAAGAACCAAGUUUUGUUCCUCCAUUAG